ACAGAGAGAGAGAGAGAGAGGCCACAGGAAGAGUGGAGGGAGAAAGAGAGCGAGAGGGAUAGAAGGGGGAGAGAGUCCAGGCCCAAAUAAAGCCAAGGGGGCCGGGGCUGGGCUGGGCCCCCCUCUGCUAUAAAUACGCUGGCUGCUUGGAGGUUCGGGUUCUGUGGUUGGAGCUCAGGCUGCAGCAGCCUUCCUCCAGAGAGGGUCCUCCGUGUUCUCAUCAUCCUCAUCCUGGUCGCUGGCUGCAAAGAUGCCUCGCGUGGACUCUGACCUCAAGCUGGACUUUAAGGAUGUCCUCUUCCGACCCAAGAGGAGCAGCCUGAAGAGUCGCUCGGAGGUGGACCUUCAGAGGACCUUCACGUUCCGCAACUCCAAGCAGACUUACACCGGCAUCCCCAUCAUCGCCGCCAACAUGGACACCACGGGGACCUUCGAGAUGGCCCGGGCGCUCAGCAAACACACUCUCUUCACCGCCGUCCACAAACACUACUCCGCGGAGGACUGGAGGAACUUUGCUGCUGCUCACCCAGAAUGCCUCGAGCACGUGGCCGUCAGCUCGGGGAGCGGCGUGGCGGAUCUGGAGAGGCUGUGUGCCGUUGUGGACGCCGUCCCCGCCCUCAAGUACAUCUGUCUGGACGUGGCCAACGGCUACUCCGAGUGCUUUGUGGAGUACGUCAAGACGGUCAGGGGAAAGUUUCCCAAGCACACCAUCAUGGCCGGCAACGUGGUGACGGGGGAGAUGGUGGAGGAGCUCAUCCUCUCCGGCGCUGACAUCAUCAAAGUGGGCAUCGGGCCAGGGUCCGUGUGCACGACGAGGAUGAAGACCGGAGUGGGCUACCCGCAACUCAGCGCGGUGAUCGAGUGCGCCGACUCCGCCCAUGGACUCAAAGGACACAUUAUCUCUGACGGUGGCUGUAGUUGCCCCGGAGAUGUGGCCAAGGCCUUCGGUGCAGGUGCUGACUUUGUAAUGAUGGGCGGGAUGCUGGCAGGCCACGACCAGUGCACCGGAGAGGUCACCGAGAGGAACGGCAAGAAAUACAAGCUCUUCUAUGGCAUGAGCUCCGACACGGCCAUGAACAAAUACGUGGGUGGGGUUGCGGAGUACAGGGCGUCGGAGGGAAAGACCGUGGAGGUUCCUUACAGAGGAGAUGUGGAGAACACCGUCCGCGAGGUGUUGGGAGGCCUCCGCUCCACCUGCACAUACGUGGGCGCCGCCAAGCUCAAGGAGCUGGGCAGGAGGACCACCUUCAUCCGCGUCACACAACAGUCCAACCAAAUGUUCACGGCGUAGGACACAUGCGUACGUACACACCGGUUGCAGAACAUACAUUGUCCAUGUAUUGUGUUAACAAUAGAGGGAAUAUUUCUAAAUUUACAGUUGGUAAUAAAUAAAAGAACGACAGCUAAGAUGAACCCAUUGCAUGUAAACACACUGAGCAGGAGGAGGCGAACACUUGUGCUGAGAUCCUUCUGGGAUACUAUUCUACUCAACUGUAUGUUGGAAAGAACGUGCAAAUCAAUAUGCAAGACCCAGAGACGUCACCCGUUAACGGCCAUGACGCAGGCGGGACCUUUCCUCCUCAGUGGUGCUGAUCAUUCUGUGAAUUUUAAACAACACAACAUAAUUAAGUGUGUGCAUGUGUUUUUGGUCGUGCGAGGAAGAUUGAUGAGGACUUCUGAAUGUGUGCAUCAGAAACAUGUGACAUAUUUGCAGAUAAAACAGUCACGUUUAAGUCCUCUUCAUCGAUUCCAGUGUGCCUGACAUUUACGAGUGAUGGCGUCCUGCGGCCUCUACUGUUCUUGAACUUUACACAAGGAACUUCAGGGAAAAGCCGUGUAAAGUUAACACUGUUUAAAGUCAAUUCUAAUAUACAGUACGUACGGGAAAAGAAGCACUUGAGACAGUUUUAUUGUUAUUGCAAAGAUAGAAGAAGGUGGAAAUAAAGCAAAAUUGGUGGGAUUUGGUGCAAAUUUGUUUGAUUUAAAGGAUGUUACAGGUCAGGAUUUGGGGAAAAACAAAGGUUUCUCUCAUAGAUCUAUAACCCUGAUGAAAGCCACAAGCCUAAACACACAUGGAUCAUUGGAUCAUUCGCAUGUGGUUAACUGACACUUCCUUUCAACCUGAGAGUCAGCAACCAUCUGUCAUACAACCUGUGAACGUUGUGCCGGCGGUUACCUCGUACACAUUGUUGAUGGAGCCAUUAUGUCCAAUUAUUUAUAUAAACUGAAUAUUAAGUAUGAUUAUUGAAAUGGCCAGACUCUUUAUCAACAGCAGAAAUAGUGUGUUCACUCUUUCACCGCCUGUUUUUCCUUUCGGCCAAUCGGCUUGUGUACAUGCUUCAGUAAUGCCCGACUCAGAUUUAAUCCAUCAAUAAAUGCACAACAUAUCAUGAAUCCCUGUUGCUGACUAUUAACAAAUGAUGAAGUCACUAUGGCUUUUUAUGAUUAGUUUGUCCUUAAUUAAUCAUUAAUUAAAGAAUAUAACUUUCAAACAUCAAUACACCUCGCUGUCAGAUAGCAUUUAAAUCACAUCUAUGUUGGGAUUUUUGCACAAUUUGUGUUAUAAUAGUUGCACUGUUGGAAGAAAUGUAGUCCGGCACUAAACAUAAGCCAAUUGACAAACUGAUGCCACAUAUACUUCAUACUUUUGUUCAUAAUAAUAAAACAUUUUAUUUCUAUAGCGCUAUUCAUAGGACUCAAAGACGCUACAUUAAAAUCAUCAUAUAAAGACAAAGCUAUACACGAUUUUGGUCAGACAUUGUUAAUUAGUGCAAAACAGAGUUUUAGGGGCCUUGUUGGAGUUAUAAAACACUGAGAUGCUGUAUUCUUGGUGACCGUGUCGGGAAAUGUAUAACGUGUUGCUGCUGUGUGUAUCUUUGCAAUAACAAUGUAUUCAGUACAAUAAAGACUAUUCUGUAUUU